CCAAAGUCUUUAUUCAUAUUUAAAUAAAAUACAAUAAUCCAAACAAAAUGAAAAGUUUCAUAUUUAAACACAAUAUUUAACACUAACAUCAAAACUUUUAUACAUAAAUCCAAGAAAAUAAAACAAAUAAAAAAUUUGAUUAUGGUUUUACAUAUAGUGAUACCAAAUUAAAUGAGAAAACUUCUACGUACAUCAAGAACUAUUGUUUUGUUUCUACUUUUUAGAAUUAUCCUCAAACGAGGUCAAACUUAAGAUCGGGACUGGAGCUGCAUUACUGCACAAACGCAUAUUAGUCAAAAUUGGCCAAAUAAUUAUGGGAUUCCUUUUUUCCAUCCUUUUGCUUUCGUUCAAAAAAGGAGGCAAAACUUCAACGCUUGGUGAAUGGAAAAGUCUGGUGCUCUUGAAAGCGUCGGCCAUGGUCGACGGAUGGAGCAUGUGUCUGGAAAGAUGAGGCAAGACGGAGACCUUCCUUUGUUCACAUCCGAUUCAGGGGCGGAAGCUUUUGGUCUUCUCAAUGCUAUCAGGGUUGCUUCUCAGGAUAACAUCCCAACCUGUAUUCGUACAGAUUGUCAGGUGCUUUCCCUUGCGCUGCAUCAGGAACCCUCGGCGCCCAUGGCCUUGGAUGUGUCGGGCUGCCAUUGAUCAGAUGGCUCUUCUUCUCCGGCUUGCACCAUCGAUUCGUGUUGAGUUUGUUCCUCGACGUUUGAAUCGGGUAGCGGAUUGGGUGGCACGACAUGCCAGGGCGGGAUCGUUACCAGUGGAUUGAGUUUUAAUUGUCAAUAUUAUAUUAUUGCUCCACUCUUGUAAUGUGACCACGGUUUUCCCCGUUUCGGAUGGAAUAAAAGGUUGCUUAUUGU